AUGGGUUGCGGCGGCAGCAAGCAGGACAGUGCGGCCACCCCGAGUGGCAGUGCUGCAGCUUCGGGCGAUAAGAAGAGCGGCUCCCCAGCAAACAAUCUCGAUGACGCUACCGCGGAGAAAAUUCCGCUUGUGGUGGAUCACACGACCGACGAGAACGCAGACACAACUCCGAAGAUGAACAAGGGCAGGGCCAAAACCAUCGAGGUAUGAAUUGCAAAAGUAUCGCACUCGUAAAAAUGCAUUACGAAUUGAGACUGACUUAGCAUUACAUAGUACAUCUGUGAUGCGGAUUUGCCUUAACAAAAAGAUUUGAAAUGUAUAAAACGCAAUUGUGUACUUUUGCACUGCAUACGAGGAACAGCAAAACAACGCGGCGCCGAGUUCCCCGGAGACCACAACUUCCGCACGCGGAGUCGGAGCUACAACAACCGGAGGAGGUGCAGCUGUAUCAACUGUAAAAAUGUCUGGGUCUGGAAGAAUUCAUGUUUGUCAUGCUUGUCUGGCAUGACUCUUAAAUCUGUCAUGCACGUUACCCAAGAGCUUCGUUUUUCUGUGAUGCAGAAGCGCAGUUUGUCAUGCAGAACAGGCAACACCUAGGAGCUCAAAAACUUGUCAUGCUGAGCCAGCAUUUGUAGCCUCAUCAUGAGCGAAACCCAGCAUCACAAGUUUCCAGACCCAGACAUUUUUACUUUUGAUAAGCUGGUAGUAAAAACAAUAAAACACUUCUCACCUCCUCGCCCCCCCCGCCCAACUUUUAUCGGGAAGUGGAUACUGCCGCGAUCCGCACAGUAGCCUCGUAUCAACUGUAAAAAUGUCUGGGUCUGGAAGAGUGCAUGUUUGUCAUGCUUGUCUGGCAUGACUCUCAAAUCUGUCAUGCACGUUACCGCAGAGUGCCACUUUUCUGUCAUGCAGAAACGCAGUUUGUCAUGCAGAAUAGGCAACACCUAGAAGCUUAGAGACUUGUCAUGCUGAGGUAGCACUUGUGGCCUCCUCAUGAUACUCCACCCAGCAUCACAAGUUUCCAGACCCAGACAUUUUUGCAUUUGAUACCUCGCCGGUGGGAACCAGUAAACCAGUGUACUGCUCUAUCCACAGUAUAUUUCCCGUACACGUAGACGUACACAUGACGUCUUUGGAUGACAAAAAGUGGCUUCGAUCCUAGUCUAGCAUGACAAGUUUUACGCUUCAAAUUGGUGGAAUUUGGAAUGCAUCUUGUACAUGUACGGGAAAUUUGUAUUGCAUAUGCUCCUCUCCGAGGGCCGGUGGAGCUGGCUCGAAACUACAGAACUCUCCGAGCAAAACGGGCGCUGACGCGUUGAUCGUGACCGGAAAAGAGAAUCUAUCCUGUGCAAACGUAUCGUACUCGUAUUGCAAUCAUGCAAUACAAAUCCUUUUGUUGAGGUAAAUUUGCAUUACAAAUUGCAUUUCUCAUGCUGAGGAAAUUUGUCAUGCAUUUAUACGAGUACGAUACUUGUUUUGCAGUUCAUAGAAUCUGUUGGAGGAAAACUGGGGGAGCCACAUUUGGGACUUCCAUAUCCUCGAUGCAAAAGUUGCAGUGCUUAUCGUGCUCGUAGUGGGAACCAUGUUUUUUAAUUAUGUUGAACCAUGCAACAACAUCAACAUUUUUCUGCCUGAUCCAGCAUGUUGACAAGCGUAAAAUUGUUUUUUCACAUUGAAAAACAAUAACAAGAAUAAUUGUGAUGCAAAAAUUCCUACAACCAGAACCAGUUCGAUGCGUUUUUAACUUUUGCACGGCAUAUUCCAAUUCCUGCUGCCAAUCGUAACCCCGACGAGCUUGUUCGAGUGGGAAGCGAACAAAAACUUCGGGAACGUGGACGAAGAGACCCGGCGAAUCGUGGCUACCGCGCAGGUGAACUUUGGGGAGUCGCUCAGAUUGUCGAAUCUGUCCAGGAAUCUGGCGGACCAGGUACACCUUGUGCAUGCUGUUGAAUACACCAGAAGUUUUUGCUAUAGUGAUUUUUUGAAUUUGAAAUAAACGGGUGUUGAUCAAAAAUGAGUUUCCACUUCAUAAAUCAAUUCAGGUUACCACUUGCCGGGACAAGAUCUCCCGUGUGCCCAGUUUGACCACCUACAUCGAGCCGCCCAAAUCCACGAAAUCCGACGCCCCCGCGGGUAGCCCAAGACAGCUCUCGCCACCCAGGAGCAUCCUGGCGCCGGUAAUGAACAGUACUUCUAGCGACAACAGAGCAAGAUCGGCAGCGGGCAAUGCAAGCAAUAGGAGAAACAGCAGUGGCAAUAAAAGUCCGAGAGGUGGAAAUAAUUCGGCUGUGCCCCCGCAGUCCUCUCCCAGGACCGUGCGCUUCGCCACUGCGGGGAGUGAGGUGGUCGUGAAUAGUACUUCCCGGUUCCUCGAGCCACCGCUGGGAUUGGUGGACGCCGUGCCCCAGGCGGUCGAUCGCAUGAACGAUACGGCGAGAGAGAUUUCCAGGAAGAGCAUGGCAAUGUAAGGUGGUCGUGAGAAGCGGUGCGGUGUUCUUGGAGAUAUAAAAUCAUUAUCGCGCAGCUACUCCAAGACGUUGCUGUACUUGUAGUAAAAACUUAAAGUGAAAAGCUCUUCUAGCAGUUGUAACUAUAGACACAAGAAAACCGCACUGGCACUCUGCAUGAUGUUGUACAUUAUUCAAUUUUUAUUUCAUUCUCUGAGUUCAGUCUUUUCAACAGGAGACGCAGGUGGUUGUAGAAUUUUCAUCAAAUAAAGUUAAAAAUUACAUUUUACUCAAGCCAGCCAGGUGUCGUCGUGAGUUCUGUAAGAUUGCAAAAUAAAGUUUUCAAACCGAUUUAAGUACACACGUGCUUUUUCCACAUGUUAGAAAUGCUCUGCAAGCAGGCCAUUUACUGUAAAAUUUGUUUUGUUUCGAUUGCACGAAGUUUUUUUUGGUAAAUGGCUCUUGUGGCUAAAUGUGCAUCAUGUCAUACGAAAAGAUGACAUAGACAUCUUCGUCAGCUCGUCUUUAAUACAGCUGCUGAUUGGCGAUUACAAUAUUAGCGCGCCCCUAAAACACAACCAAGGACUUUCUUUGCCAUUUCGUGGGGAAGUGGAC